GUGACGUGGCGCGUCGGUCCGCGCCCGCCCCGGCCCGAGCCGCGCGCCCAUCUCUGUCCCGCCCGGCCGCAGCCCAGGACGCCGCUCCGCACGCUCGGCCCCGACCGGCCUCGCUCCGCGCCCCUGCCACCGCCGCGGCCGAGAUGGCUUCAGGAGUGCAAGUUGCUGACGAAGUAUGUCGCAUCUUUUAUGACAUGAAAGUUCGGAAGUGCUCCACACCAGAAGAAAUCAAGAAGAGAAAGAAGGCUGUAAUUUUUUGUCUUAGUGCAGACAAAAAGUGCAUCAUUGUAGAAGAAGGCAAAGAGAUCUUGGUUGGUGAUGUUGGGGUAACCAUAACUGAUCCUUUCAAGCACUUUGUGGGAAUGCUUCCUGAAAAGGAUUGUCGCUAUGCUUUGUAUGAUGCAAGUUUUGAAACCAAGGAAUCCAGAAAAGAAGAGUUGAUGUUUUUUUUGUGGGCACCAGAACUAGCACCUCUGAAAAGUAAAAUGAUCUAUGCAAGCUCCAAAGAUGCAAUCAAAAAGAAAUUUCAAGGCAUAAAACACGAAUGUCAAGCCAAUGGGCCAGAAGACCUGAAUCGUGCUUGUAUUGCUGAAAAGUUAGGUGGAUCCUUAAUUGUAGCUUUUGAAGGAAGCCCUGUGUAGACCAUCAUUCAGUGCCACAAACCAGAAGCUUCCAUAUUUAAUGUUAUCCUCUUGCUCUAUUAAGCAAAGCAGAUAUGCUUAGGCCAGGGUCUCACAGAGGGCAGGCUAUCUGCCCUCUAUAGAGUAAAUGAAAUAUUCUAUAGACAUGUGCAAAUGGCCGUACAAAGUCAAAACCCUAAAGUUAAAAUGAUGUAAAAUUAAAUUCUUGCUGGCCAGAUGCCUGUUUUGAUGAAUUGGCUUCUCAAGAUUUUUAUAAUGCUCUUGGUAUGUAAUAAUGCAGUUCACAAAACAGUACAAGGCCCUAUGAAGAGAAUUCUUACAAUUUUGUUAACUUCAGCUAUUAUUUUGUUUAUUUUACUUAGGGAAUUGGACAUAAUCUAGUUAUAAAUUUGGCCCAUGUUCUUUUAUUCUCUGGGACUCCACUGAAUAAUGGAAACUAACUCUCUUCACAAGCUAUAACCACACUAAUAAUACUAACUACAGCGAGAUUAAGUGAGACAGGUUUUUUAAUCCUAUUCAAAAUGUGUAAUAGAGACUGCCUCAGAAUUACGGAUGCUUAAAAUCAGCGCUGCCCUUGCAGAGCACCAUUAAGCUUAUAGUUGGGGUUCAGCAAGUGGCUCUCCUCUGUCCUUCCACCUGCUUGUUGGAGAUUUUGUUCUGAGUGACCUCACAUCUUGGAAACCAUGGUGUGUCCUUGGGAGAAUGUGCAAUACUUGUGACAACUAAUUAUAGUGCAGAUUCAAAAAGCCAUUGUACUUUGUCAGUGAAAAUGUUACGUUAUAUAUUAACCGGCUAGGACACCUGUGAUAUCUGUAAUUGUGGCUCCCUCAGAACUUUUUUGUUUCUGGUAUAAUCAGGUGUGGAAAAACAUUAAGUACAUUGACUUUGGGAGCUGGGAGAGCUUCAUUUCCUAGUGAGCUGACGUGGGGAGCAGGCAUGGUGAGUGCACUCAGGGGAAGCUAGUACCUGAUGACACUUGGAAGUGUUCGUCCUUAAAAUCACAGGCUUCACACUUGGAAUAGAGAUGCACAGACAGUUCAACUUAGAAGUAGCAGUAUUUGCUUUGUGUAAUAAAGGAAGCAUUUUUAACUUA